UGCCCGCGCCCGGCGGGCGUGCGGGGGAGCGCGGCCACGCCUGGUCCGGCCACCAUUUCUCGGCGCCCACCCUUUCGAGCGCGGAGCCUGAAGCAUGAGCGGGGACUCGGAGCGUGCGGUGGCCCCGGGGGUGGUGCCUGCACCCUGCGCCUCGAAGGUGGAGCUGCGCCUGAGCUGCCGGCACCUGCUGGACCGGGACCCAUUGACCAAGUCCGACCCCAGCGUGGUGCUACUGCAGCAGGCACAGGGCCAGUGGCUACAGAUGGACAGAACCGAGGUGGUGAAGAGCAGCCUGCAUCCUGCGUUCUCCAAGGUCUUCACUAUCGACUAUUACUUCGAGGAAGUGCAGAAGCUACGAUUUGAGGUGUAUGACACCCACGGGCCUAGUGGGCUGAGCUGCCAGGAUGAUGACUUCCUAGGGGGCAUGGAGUGUACCUUGGGUCAAAUUGUGGCACAGAAGAAAAUGACACGCCCACUGCUGUUGAGGUUCGGCCGGAAUGCUGGCAAAUCCACCAUCACGGUGAUAGCAGAGGACAUCUCUGGGAACAACGGCUACGUGGAACUCUCCUUCCAGGCCAGGAAAUUAGAUGACAAGGACCUCUUCAGCAAGUCGGACCCCUUCCUGGAGCUGUAUCGGGUCAAUGACGACAGCAGUGAGCAGCUGGUGUACAGGACAGAGGUAGUGAAGAAUAACCUUAACCCAGUGUGGGAACCCUUCAAGGUGUCCCUGAAUUCACUCUGCAGCUGCGAAGAGACGCGGUCUCUGAAGUGCCUGGUCUGGGACUAUGACUCCCGAGGGAAACAUGACUUCAUUGGCGAGUUCACCACCACCUUCGCAGAGAUGCAGAAGGCCUUUGAGGAGGGACAGGCCCAGUGGGACUGUGUGAAUGCCAAGUACAGACAGAAGAAACGCAACUAUAAGAAUUCUGGAGUGGUGAUCCUGGCAGACCUGAAGCUCCACAGGGUUCACUCCUUCCUGGAUUACAUCAUGGGUGGCUGUCAGAUCCACUGCACGGUAGCCAUCGACUUCACGGCCUCCAAUGGUGACCCAAGGAACAGCUGCUCCCUCCACCACAUCAACCCUUACCAGCCCAACGAGUACCUGAGGGCACUGGUGGCAGUGGGCGAGGUCUGCCAGGAUUAUGACAGUGACAAGCGAUUUUCUGCUUUGGGAUUUGGAGCCCGGAUCCCUCCCAAGUAUGAGGUGUCCCAUGACUUUGCCAUCAAUUUCAACCCUGAGGACGAUGAGUGUGAAGGAAUCCAGGGCGUGGUAGAGGCCUACCAGAACUGCCUGCCUAAGGUCCAGCUCUACGGCCCCACCAACGUGGCACCCAUCAUCUCCAAGGUGGCCCGCAUGGCAGCAGCUGAGGAGCGCACAGGGGAGGCCUCUCAAUACUACAUACUGCUGAUCCUCACCGACGGUGUGGUAACGGAUAUGUCAGACACUCGAGAGGCCAUUGUGCGUGCCUCCCAUCUGCCCAUGUCCGUCAUCAUCGUUGGGGUGGGCAACGCUGACUUCACGGACAUGCAAAUCCUGGACGGAGACGAUGGUGUCCUGCGUUCCCCGAGGGGUGAGCCUGCGCUCCGGGACAUCGUCCAGUUUGUGCCCUUCCGUGAACUCAAGAACGCGUCCCCUGCGGCUCUGGCCAAGUGUGUGUUGGCUGAGGUGCCAAAGCAGGUGGUUGAGUACUACAGCCACAAGGAACUGCCUCCACGCAGCCUUGGCAACCAGACUGGAGAGGCUGGUCCCAGCUCAGCACCAUGAGGAGGCCAGGCGAGGGGCUCUGAGCAGCAUGUGUGCCUACAGCAUCUCUCGAGCCCCCAGAGUUCCCUCCGAAGCAUCACCCAGCCCAGGCCCCAGCCCUGCUCCUAGGAUUUGCUGGCCUGGGUCAGUGGC